AUGCAACAAAUGCAGCAAAUCCCGAGGAAGAAGCUACAGGCGAGGCUAGGUCACUGGUGGCACCGCCACCGGCCGUUUCACGCGGGAAAGCAGCAGCAGGAGCCGGUGGAGCCACGUCAGCAACAGCGUGUGCCACGUCAGGAGGCGCCACAUGAUGAUUUCGGCGGUGAGGGUUGUGAUUCUAGAGGGGAAGGCAGAGGAGGAAAGGUGAGGAUUAUGAGAAGUGUAUCAGAGCAAUACCCGGGACAGGAGAGGUUUAUAACAGGUCAGGAGACGCGUAUAAGGGGGAUUCAGGAGAGGGAGGUGGUGGGAUCGCAGGAGGAGCAAGGCCUUUUACACGUGGAGAAGAUAGGAGUUGAAGAGAAGGGAGUUAGGGUUUCAGGGGGAAGUGGAGCAGCUAAUAGCGAGGACAUGCAUGUGACAAGGGCAUUGUCUAUGGAUGGUGGCUUGGCAGCUAGGGCGAAGGGACGCGCGGAUGAGCAGCAGGAGCAGGAGCAGGAGCAGAAGGACCUGGAUCGGGAGCGGGGGAGGGGGAAGGACCAGGAGGAGCAGGAGAAGGGGGAGGCGCAGGGGGAAGCGCUGGGGGUGGAACAGGGGGAGGCGCAGGAGGAAGCGCUGGGGGUGGAACAGGGGGAGGCGCAGGAGGAAGCGCUGGGGGUGGAACAGGGGGAGGCGCAGGAGGAAGCGCUGGGGGUGGAACAGGGGGAGGCGCAGGAGGAAGCGCUGGGGGUGGAACAGGGGGAGGCGCAGGAGGAAGCGCUGGGGGUGGAACAGGGGGAGGCGCAGGAGGAAGCGCUGGGGGUGGAACAGGGGGAGGCGCAGGAGGAAGCGCUGGGGGUGGAACAGGGGGAGGCGCAGGAGGAAGCGCUGGGGGUGGAACAGGGGGAGGCGCAGGAGGAAGCGCUGGGGGUGGAACAGGGGGAGGCGCAGGAGGAAGCGCUGGGGGUGGAACAGGGGGAGGCGCAGGAGGAAGCGCUGGGGGUGGAACAGGGGGAGGCGCAGGAGGAAGCGCUGGGGGUGGAACAGGGGGAGGCGCAGGAGGAAGCGCUGGGGGUGGAACAGGGGGAGGCGCAGGAGGAAGCGCUGGGGGUGGAACAGGGGGAGGCGCAGGAGGAAGCGCUGGGGGUGGAACAGGGGGAGGCGCAGGAGGAAGCGCUGGGGGUGGAACAGGGGGAGGCGCAGGAGGAAGCGCUGGGGGUGGAACAGGGGGAGGCGCAGGAGGAAGCGCUGGGGGUGGAACAGGGGGAGGCGCAGGAGGAAGCGCUGGGGGUGGAACAGGGGGAGGCGCAGGAGGAAGCGCUGGGGGUGGAACAGGGGGAGGCGCAGGAGGAAGCGCUGGGGGUGGAACAGGGGGAGGCGCAGGAGGAAGCGCUGGGGGUGGAACAGGGGGAGGCGCAGGAGGAAGCGCUGGGGGUGGAACAGGGGGAGGCGCAGGAGGAAGCGCUGGGGGUGGAACAGGGGGAGGCGCAGGAGGAAGCGCUGGGGGUGGAACAGGGGGAGGCGCAGGAGGAAGCGCUGGGGGUGGAACAGGGGGAGGCGCAGGAGGAAGCGCUGGGGGUGGAACAGGGGGAGGCGCAGGAGGAAGCGCUGGGGGUGGAACAGGGGGAGGCGCAGGAGGAAGCGCUGGGGGUGGAACAGGGGGAGGCGCAGGAGGAAGCGCUGGGGGUGGAACAGGGGGAGGCGCAGGAGGAAGCGCUGGGGGUGGAACAGGGGGAGGCGCAGGAGGAAGCGCUGGGGGUGGAACAGGGGGAGGCGCAGGAGGAAGCGCUGGGGGUGGAACAGGGGGAGGCGCAGGAGGAAGCGCUGGGGGUGGAACAGGGGGAGGCGCAGGAGGAAGCGCUGGGGGUGGAACAGGGGGAGGCGCAGGAGGAAGCGCUGGGGGUGGAACAGGGGGAGGCGCAGGAGGAAGCGCUGGGGGUGGAACAGGGGGAGGCGCAGGAGGAAGCGCUGGGGGUGGAACAGGGGGAGGCGCAGGAGGAAGCGCUGGGGGUGGAACAGGGGGAGGCGCAGGAGGAAGCGCUGGGGGUGGAACAGGGGGAGGCGCAGGAGGAAGCGCUGGGGGUGGAACAGGGGGAGGCGCAGGAGGAAGCGCUGGGGGUGGAACAGGGGGAGGCGCAGGAGGAAGCGCUGGGGGUGGAACAGGGGGAGGCGCAGGAGGAAGCGCUGGGGGUGGAACAGGGGGAGGCGCAGGAGGAAGCGCUGGGGGUGGAACAGGGGGAGGCGCAGGAGGAAGCGCUGGGGGUGGAACAGGGGGAGGCGCAGGAGGAAGCGCUGGGGGUGGAACAGGGGGAGGCGCAGGAGGAAGCGCUGGGGGUGGAACAGGGGGAGGCGCAGGAGGAAGCGCUGGGGGUGGAACAGGGGGAGGCGCAGGAGGAAGCGCUGGGGGUGGAACAGGGGGAGGCGCAGGAGGAAGCGCUGGGGGUGGAACAGGGGGAGGCGCAGGAGGAAGCGCUGGGGGUGGAACAGGGGGAGGCGCAGGAGGAAGCGCUGGGGGUGGAACAGGGGGAGGCGCAGGAGGAAGCGCUGGGGGUGGAACAGGGGGAGGCGCAGGAGGAAGCGCUGGGGGUGGAACAGGGGGAGGCGCAGGAGGAAGCGCUGGGGGUGGAACAGGGGGAGGCGCAGGAGGAAGCGCUGGGGGUGGAACAGGGGGAGGCGCAGGAGGAAGCGCUGGGGGUGGAACAGGGGGAGGCGCAGGAGGAAGCGCUGGGGGUGGAACAGGGGGAGGCGCAGGAGGAAGCGCUGGGGGUGGAACAGGGGGAGGCGCAGGAGGAAGCGCUGGGGGUGGAACAGGGGGAGGCGCAGGAGGAAGCGCUGGGGGUGGAACAGGGGGAGGCGCAGGAGGAAGCGCUGGGGGUGGAACAGGGGGAGGCGCAGGAGGAAGCGCUGGGGGUGGAACAGGGGGAGGCGCAGGAGGAAGCGCUGGGGGUGGAACAGGGGGAGGCGCAGGAGGAAGCGCUGGGGGUGGAACAGGGGGAGGCGCAGGAGGAAGCGCUGGGGGUGGAACAGGGGGAGGCGCAGGAGGAAGCGCUGGGGGUGGAACAGGGGGAGGCGCAGGAGGAAGCGCUGGGGGUGGAACAGGGGGAGGCGCAGGAGGAAGCGCUGGGGGUGGAACAGGGGGAGGCGCAGGAGGAAGCGCUGGGGGUGGAACAGGGGGAGGCGCAGGAGGAAGCGCUGGGGGUGGAACAGGGGGAGGCGCAGGAGGAAGCGCUGGGGGUGGAACAGGGGGAGGCGCAGGAGGAAGCGCUGGGGGUGGAACAGGGGGAGGCGCAGGAGGAAGCGCUGGGGGUGGAACAGGGGGAGGCGCAGGAGGAAGCGCUGGGGGUGGAACAGGGGGAGGCGCAGGAGGAAGCGCUGGGGGUGGAACAGGGGGAGGCGCAGGAGGAAGCGCUGGGGGUGGAACAGGGGGAGGCGCAGGAGGAAGCGCUGGGGGUGGAACAGGGGGAGGCGCAGGAGGAAGCGCUGGGGGUGGAACAGGGGGAGGCGCAGGAGGAAGCGCUGGGGGUGGAACAGGGGGAGGCGCAGGAGGAAGCGCUGGGGGUGGAACAGGGGGAGGCGCAGGAGGAAGCGCUGGGGGUGGAACAGGGGGAGGCGCAGGAGGAAGCGCUGGGGGUGGAACAGGGGGAGGCGCAGGAGGAAGCGCUGGGGGUGGAACAGGGGGAGGCGCAGGAGGAAGCGCUGGGGGUGGAACAGGGGGAGGCGCAGGAGGAAGCGCUGGGGGUGGAACAGGGGGAGGCGCAGGAGGAAGCGCUGGGGGUGGAACAGGGGGAGGCGCAGGAGGAAGCGCUGGGGGUGGAACAGGGGGAGGCGCAGGAGGAAGCGCUGGGGGUGGAACAGGGGGAGGCGCAGGAGGAAGCGCAUGGGGAGGGAGAUGGCAAGGCGGAGCAGAUAGAAGGAGAGGGAAGGGAGCUGGGAAGAAUCCAAGGGCAGGGAACUGAACAACAGCAAGGGCAGCAGGAGAAAGCCGAGCAUGAGAAGAGAGAGCAGCAGACAGGGGAGUCGGAGGAAGAACAGCAGCAGCAGGCUCCUGUUCUAGAGAGGCCGCGUGAGAGUAAGUCGUCACAGCAGCAGAGUGGGCAACAGCAGCAGCAGCAGCAGCAGCAGCAGAGUGAGAGGCCCAUGAAGCUAGCAAUAGGGACAACCUCGGAACAGCAGCAGGUGCUGCAGCAGCUUCUCAUGCAGUGGCACGGGGGGCAAGUUCAAAACGAAGGGCUGCAACCCAAUAACCAGCUGCCACGUGGCACUGGCACUACCACUGCCACUGCCAAAACCAGUACAACCACUACAAGUUCUACCGCCACCACAGUUGAUGUUUCUGCUCCUUCUGCUGCUCCUGCUCCUGCUGCUUCUGCUCAUCCUGCUGCGUCUGCUGCUCGUGCUGCUGCUGUUGGUGUUGCUGCUCCUGCUCCUCCUGCGCCUCAUCAUGCUGCUGCUUUUCCUCCUCCUCCUCCUCCUCCUGCUGCUGCUGCUGCUGCUGCUGCUGCUGUUGGUGUUGCUUCGUCCUCCUCCCUUUCUCGUAGGAGUUUCACCAGGCCUCCUGCCUCGGUUUCACCCCCAACCUCCCGCUCCAGCCGCCGCAACUCCUUCACAUACCCUCGAAGCCACAGUACCCCGUCUACCUGUUCUCCUCAUACCAUUCCUCACUCCUCUCAUCACUCCUCUCAUCACUCCUCUCCCCAUUCCUCUCGCCACUCCUCUCCCCACUCCUCUCGUCACUCCUCUCCUCACGCCUCUCCUCACUCCUAUUCUCCUCACUCCCUUCCUCCGCUGCACCCCCGCCGAUCCUCCUCCCCACGCGCUCCCCCGUCCCUCCCCUCCACCUCCUCCUCCUCCUCCCCCUCCCCGUCCUCCUCUCCUGCCUUCUCGCCCUCUGCCGCCCUCCACCCGUCCCACCAUCCGAACCGCUUUCCACUGCACUUCCAAGGAAAUAACCACCCAAAUCCGCAGCAGAAUCAGCCCGAGCAAGAGAUAAGUCACAACCAGUCAACGAGACAGCACGAGCAGCAGUCUGGUCCCAACCAGCCUGAAACUUACGAAAUCAGGCACCCGGUAAUCAGCACGAGCAGAAGGCAAACUUACGAAAUCAGGCAGAACGAAGGCAGCAGAAACUCUCCUGUCACCCCGUCCGGCCCGUCCCUAGCUCGCCCGCCCCGCUGGUGUAGCCCUAGCGGAGGCACCAGCAGCAACAGCAGGGGAGGAAUGGGGGGGAGGAUGGGGAGGGGACGGCAAGGGCACAGGAGAGCUGCCUCUGCUGAUAGUUUCAGCUUUAAUCCCGAGGAGAUGGUUGAUGGGGGCAUGCAUAGCCCUUUCUCCUCCGCUGCUGCUUUGCGUUCCGAAAACCCUCCUCUGCAGAACCUUCCUUUGCAGAGCCUCCCUUCUCAGAAUCUUCCAAUGCAGAGUCAUCCAUUGCAGAAUCUUACUUCUCAAACACUCCCCUUGCAGCAGCAAGCGGUGCCGGUGCAGCAGCGCAUGCCACGAGUUGAAACGAUUGCUGCUGGAGGAAACAACCUCUUACAGAGGAGAAAUGACAUCCCUUCCUUUAAAGACAGCAACAACCUUCUUUCUCCUAACAGCAGCAGCAGCAGCCUCCUAUCCCCUCGUAACCGCCUCCUUUCGCCAAUUAGCCGCCCCCAUUUCGCUAAUAACCGCCUCGUUUCCUCUAGUAACAGCCUCCAUUCGCCAAAUAACCGACUCCUGUCUCCCACUGGCACCCACCCGUUCGCCCCUACCUCUCCCCUCUCGCCAAUGCCGGGUUUCUCGCCGGCUUUUUCGCCUGCCCGGAGGUCAAUUCAGCUGCCCAGGUCACCUUCUGCGGGCUCUGCUCUUGUUGCAGAGGCGUUAGAAGAGAUAAUAGAGGAUGAGGAGUCGGAUAGUAGUAGCUCUUCUGAAGGGGAGGAGGUGGGGGAGGAGGUGGAGGAGGAGGAGGGUUGGGGGGAGGAGGGAGGGUGGGGUGAUGGGGAGUGGGAGUGUGGGUGUUGGGACGAACAGGGGGGGGAGGGAGAGGAGCGAGAGGAGGGAGUGGAGGCAAAGGAGGGAGAGGAGGGAGUGGAGGGGAGGGAGAAGGAGAGGGAGGGAGGGGAGACGGGAGGGAGGAGGACGGUAGUAGAGGGAGAACUGGAAGGGGGAGGAGGCGGAGGGGGGGAGGAAGAGGGAGAGGAGGAGGAAGAGGAAGAGGAAGAGGAAGAGGAGGAAGAGGAGGAGGAGGUGGAUAACGAAUUGUUGCUGUCUGCUGUGGAGAAAGCGCACUGGGACAUGAAGAAGGACCGGGUGAGUGCGGUAUUGGAUGAGAAAAGACCGGUUGAGUGCGGUACUGGGUGA